GAAAUUCGUGCAGAUCCGACGAAGAUAGCGCUUCACUUACCUUCUAUAUACCGUCUUUGCACUUCCGUCGUAACGAGCGGACUUCCUAGGCUUCUGUGAACAUUCUUCCACAAACUUGGUUCAGAAAAUGGUUACUAUAAACACACCCCAUAUUUCAGGCGUUGUCCGUCUUCAUAACUGAGCCCCAGUCCACACCAAUGGCUCGCACUAAAAAUUGUGCAAUCAAGAGUACGGGAGGGAAGACCACUAAAAAGCCGGUCUUUACUAACAACAAUCCUCUUCCUCUUCCCCCCAGGCAGCUUGCCGUCAAGACCCCCCAGAUGCCUGCUCACAAAAGGUUGCGGCGUCAUCGCUUCCGCCCUGGAACUGUGGUCCUUCGGGACAUCAGGAAGUACCAAAAUUCGACGAACCUGCUUAUCCGAAAGCUGCCUUUUCAACGUCUUGUCCGCGAAAUCGCACAAGGCAUUCAGCUUUUCCCUCUUCUUCGCUUCCAGACGUCUGCUGUCCUCGCCCUGCAAGAAGCUGCAGAAGAGUAUUUGGUUUCGAUCUUGAAGGACGCAAACGCCGCAUGUCUCCAUGCGAAAAGGGUCACUCUGAUGGCUCGGGAUGUUGCUCUCGUUCGAAAGGUCAGAGGUGGCCGUGAAGCAUAUUGAAUCUGAGACUAGGAUAAGGGGGGAUAGAAGUUACGAACGUAUAAAUUUUAAGCCUGGAUAAUCAACUGUGAUUUUUGCUUUCAUUUCAGUGAAUGCCUCAACAUGAUGCCAUGUUG